AUUCUACACUUAUGCCAAUAAGCGGUUUUGUGGUCUGAGCGUUUCCAUAGUAACACAGGGUUAUCCAAUGAGAAGGAGGGGACUGCUUGGUCAGUAUUCCAUUCCAACACAAGUAUCAAGCAGUCUUACAAUUACAGUGAGAGAAUACGAACUCACUUUAUGUAUACGUAUAAAUAUUGAAAUUUAAACUUGAUUAAAAUCUGAAAACUUGGACAGGAUAUAUAUAAAUAUACUACCCAGGACACUACAUCAAAGUGUGAGUACACUUUCAGUUAUUAAAUAAAAAUAUGUUAUCUUAAUUAUAAAGCUGCAAUAUGGCACAGACUCGAAUUCUUAUAUUUGGCCAUUCAUUAAUACAUUGGUUAAAUGAUUAUCAACUGAAAAAUAAAACAAAUCUGGAUUUAGAUGACUCAUUGAAAUUGAACUUUCGAGGCAUCCGAGGCGGCAGUUUCCACUGGAGAUUGGGAUCGAAAUCGAAAUAUCAAAAGAAAAUGUUAUCAGCAUAUCUGUCUGAAGAGGUAAAAGCAUUUUCGCCGAUGGUUGUAUACUUACAGUUUGGCGGAAAUGAUCUGGAUGUGCGUCAUUGCGACAUAGAUAAAAUUAUUACAAAAGUAGAAAGCAUAGCUAACUUUCUCCUUGAAGGAUUUGACAGCAUAAAACUUGUAUGCAUUGGUCAUGCUUUCAAACGUCUUACACUGACAAACACUUUUUAUGAAGACUAUGAAAGCCGCCGAUUAUUGUUCAAUGCUAAAUUAAAUUCCAUUGGAGUCAAAUAUGAGCGCAUCUUUGUAUUUCCAAAUCAAGGAUUCUACAACGAAGUCACGACAUUGUAUGAUUCAAAGGGCAUUCAUCUUUCGGACUUAGGCAAUGAAAAAUUUGCCACAAAUCUAAAAAGGAUCCUUAUUUUCUCAAAACGUAAAUUACUACAGUGA